GUGACCUACCAGAUUCUAUUGCAGACCAAUCCAAUCCAAUCCAAUCCGCUACGAUCCGUGACAAGUUUCCAAGUCCACACAUUAUUUCCAUUUGUCUGCAAAACACCGUAUAACCAACAUGAAGCUCGUGUACCUCGUCUCGGUUUUCAUGGCCACAGUGGCAAUGGCAGCUCCGGUUUCAGGCACGGAUGCGGUGGCGCUGGGCGAGAAGCAGAUGAACAGGGCAAUGAUGCUGGCCAGGAAUGAUACGCCUACCACCGGGAUCUCGAAGAAGGUCGAGCAAGCGCAGCAGCAGCAACAACAACAAGGGCAACAGGGGCAACAACAAGGGCAGGGUCGGAAUUGAGUGGGAGUCUGGUCAGGGGAAGAGGCUUGUCGAGUCGAGCCGGGGAGGGAAGAAUAUUCCACAAGAUGAUUGCGGACGGUGAUGUUCGAUUAGGGCUGCAAGAUGGGAAGGGAGGUUUGGUUUGAGGCGGAGAUAUGGGUGACUACCUUAGGUAUUUUUGCUGGUGGUUGACUAUCUAUCGUACAUUGCUGGGAUUCGGGAGAGUGGUCUUGUUUCCUUUGUUGGAUGCGUGUGCCCGGAUCGAAGGACUACCGGAUUUGGUAAUAUGGGGGGCAGCGAUGUGCUACUUGUGUCGCUUCAAGUUGAUUAUUGGGAG